AUGAACUGCACGAGAGCAUUCGGAACCAACGCGAUCCUCUCCAAGCAGUCCGCUGCUCAGCUUCUCAAGGCCCUCAAUGGCUCCAGCUCCCUGUGCCUGGCGAGACCGGCCCUCGGUGACCUGCAACAACACUCGUCCUCGAGACAGUUCAGCGUAUCCAUACCAGCAAGAUGGCGCGAGUUCUUCCCAAAGCCCGAUGCUCCAUCGAUACGGGAGACGAAGCCCGCAUGGUCCCAUCCGAUCUACUCAUAUGACCAGAUGAAAACUGUCGAAGUCGCCCAUCGGCAAGCGAGGACCAUGUCCGAUCGAGUGGCCAUCUUCGCCGUCAAAUUUCUACGCACUUUUCUGGACUUCGCAUCUGGAUACCGCCACGGCAAGGGACAGAUGACCGAGCGGAAAUACAUGAUUCGGAAUAUCUUCCUUGAAUCCGUGGCCGGUGUUCCGGGUAUGGUUGCGGGUAUGCUUCGCCACCUACACAGCAUGCGGAGAAUGAAGCGAGAUAAUGGCUGGAUGGAGAGCUUGCUAGAGGAGAGUUACAAUGAACGCAUGCACCUUCUCACAUUCAUGAAGAUGGGGGAACCUGGUUGGUUUAUGCGGCUUGCGGUACUUGGUGCACAAGGUAAAGCCUCCCUUUGAACUAAUUGAUGGAACACGUUUGCUAACAAUCUCCACAGGCGUCUUCUUCAACACCUUCUUCCUAGCCUACCUCGUCUCCCCCAAAACCUGCCACCGCUUCGUCGGUCACCUCGAAGAAGAAGCCGUGAUAACCUACACCCGCGAAAUCGAAGACAUCGACGCCGGCCGUCUGCCCAAGUGGGAGAAAAUGCAAGCACCAGACAUUGCCGUCAAAUACUGGGAGAUGCCCGAGGGUCAUCGCACCAUGCGAGACUUGCUGCUGUAUAUCCGUGCCGACGAGAGCAAGCAUCGGGAAGUCAAUCAUACACUGGGAAACCUGGAUCAGGAGAAGGAUCCGAAUCCCUAUGUGAGCGAGUACAAGGAUCCGAGCAAGCCGCAUCCGGGCAAAGACUUGAGUUGGCAGAAACCUGAGGGAUGGGAAAGGGAGGAGGCGAUCGGGAAGCUCUGA